AUGCCCAGAGGUCAAGCCAAAGCGUCUUCCAGCAAGGGGCAGAAAUCCAUCACCUCUUUCUUCGGUGGCAAGAGUACCCACAAAAAGCAGGCCAAAAAUGAGGAAACUGCCAGCGAGGACGAGCCCGCUGCAGUGUCGUCCGACGUCGAGAUGGUCGCUGAAACAUCAAAGGGCGCCGCUCCCGACUCGUCCGACCUCCCGCCCAUCCAUCGAAUUCCCGCCAUCUUCUCUGACCUCGUAGGUCGUGUUCCAGAGAUAAAGACCGUCGCGCAGCAUCUCGAAGGCCGCAAGAUGCGCAUCGCGACCAUGUGCUCGGGCACCGAGUCACCCCUUCUCGCUCUCGACCUCAUCAGACGCUCCAUCCUCGAGCACUACGACGUGCAUCUCGAGUUUGAACACGUGUUUUCGUGCGAGAUCGAGCCUUUCAAGCAGGCGUAUAUCGAGCGCAACUUCCAGCCGCCGCUCCUCUUCCGUGAUGUUUGUGAGCUGGGCGACAGUCACGCCACCACUGCUUACGGUGCGCUCGCGCCUGUUCCAGGAGAUGUCGACAUCUUGAUAGCAGGCACGUCCUGCGUCGAUUACUCGAACCUGAACAACGAGAAGCAGGACAUUGACGCCAACGGCGAGUCCGGUCGCACCUUCCGCGGUAUGAUGUCCUGGGUCACGAACCAUAGGCCACCCCUCGUCAUACUCGAGAAUGUCUGCGGUGCGCCAUGGGGCCGCGUCGUGCAGUACUUCGAGAAGAAGGGCUAUUCCGCUGAGCACCUGCGCGUCGACACCAAGAACUUCUAUAUCCCGCACACUCGCACGCGCGUAUACCUCCUCGCUGUCGAUCAGCAGCACUCGCGCAUGCCUAGCCAGUGGAAGGACUGGAUCGGAAAGCUCAAGAGGCCCGCGUCGUCGACGCUCGACGCGUUCCUUCUCCCGUCAGACGACCCCCGCAUUUACCAGGCACGGGAGAAGCUUGUAUCAGAGAGCUUCAAUGGUGUUGAUAGGAGGACGGGCAGGACGGACUGGGGGCGAUGCGAGUCCCGUCAUCAGCGGGCCAGGCUCGAGGAAGAAUUGGGUGGGAAGCGCCCGCUCACUAACUGGGACGAAGGUGGUUUUUGUAAGAUGCCCGACUUUGCUUGGAACGACUGGGCUGUUGGCCAGGUCGAGCGAGUCUGGGACUUGAUGGAUAUCAGUAUCCUUCGUUCGGCCGUGAAGGGCGUCGACCCAUCUUACAAGACGCAAGUUUGGAACUUAUCUCAAAAUGUCGACCGCACAAUUGGAUCAAACAAGGUUGGAAUAUGCCCCUGUCUCACCCCGUCCAUGAUUCCCUACAUCACAAAUCGCGGUGGGCCAAUGGUCGGUCUCGAGGCGCUGUCCAUGCAAGGUCUCCCCAUUGACGAGCUGCUCCUGACGCGCGAGACGGAGGAUCAGCUUGCUGAUCUGGCCGGGAACGCUAUGUCUACCACUGUCGUGGGCGCGUGCAUCAUGGCCGCACUGAUCGUGGGCAGGAAGCUGCUCAAGGAGGGCAGUGACUCGGCUACGUACGAGGAGAAGCACGAGAACCUCAUGGACGUGGACGCCGCGAGCGUGCAGGAUGAUGUGAUGGAGGUGGACAGGCCUUCCUCAGCGUCCAUUGUCGAAGUGGAGGACCACGUCUCGGGCGAAGACCAGCUGACUGAGCAGCCGCUCGACCUCUCGUCGACCGCGGAGAUCGCUCUCGCACGCCUGCUUGCCAGCGCAGAGCAGAGCGCGCGGCUGUGCGAGUGCGAAGGCCGCAAGGACAUCACGGACCGUCCCCUGAACCUAUGCCGCGACUGCGGCGCCUCAUCCUGCGUCAAGUGCGGCGGGCGGCCGGAACACAACUUCACGCCAAUCGACGUCGUCGCGCACCCGCGUCUGUCCCCUUCCGCGUUCGCACAGCAGCUCAAGGCGAUGCUCCCUAUGUCACUCUCCGUCGCACACGUCACGCAGACGCUUCUCGACGAGCUCAAGGACGCCGCGGGCACAAGCGUGCCGGCGAAGCGCUGGGCGGGCUGGUGCGCGGCCGUUCUGCGAGCUACCGCGCACGAAUUGCGCUUCGUCGAGCCGAAGCGCCAGGAGAUAUGGGUCGCGACGUACCAGUCACCGGCAGCGUACCUCGAGCUGCAGCUGUACCCCCAGCGCCCUGAGUGGCGCCUCUUUGCGCGCCCCGAGGAGCGCGAGUCUGCGAACUCGGAGCUCCGCAAGGUGCUCGCACUCCCAGUGGGCCGCUUCGUGUGUACCAAUGGCUUGUUCGAGGGUACAUGGGAGUUUGCCCUGCCGUACACCAUCUCGGUGCCGCUCACGAUUAAGGGUAGCGACCUCGUUCCGGCGUGGGAGGCCAAACUGGGGCUGCAGGGCAAGGAGUUUAAGGAGAAGAUGGUGAAUUCAAUACUCACGGUCACCGUCCCCGAGGACAACGUUGGCCAGUUUGACCUCGAUAUCUCAGGCACAUAUACACUCCUGGACAAGUGUGGCACCGCGAAUUCUGCCCUGCACAAGAAGACCGGGCAGGACCCCAGCCUGCCGCCGAUAUUCUUCCUCCUGGACCCUACACGUUGUGGAGACCCGGCCGACGACAGUUUCGUGUUCUCGAUCAGUAAGCGGCGGUACGAGUAUGGCGAGACGCGUCCGAUUAUUUGCCAGCUCGACUCGAAGUGGCGGCAGUCGGACAGUGCUGAGGUGGAGAAGGUACACUGUCACAUCCCGUAUGGGUGGACGAAGUCUUCUGCGGUGUUGUUGACGCCCGGCACUGGCCACGAUGCGAUCUUCGCCGUCCCCGGAGACAACCUCGAGAUUAGCGUAUCCAACGAUGCCUGCGGCAGCGCCAGCGCGCUCCUCGUUUGCCGUGUCCCGCUCGGCGAGCAAGCCGGCCCCGAAUGGCCGCGUGGGACGUGGAAGGAGGUCGAUAAAGUUCACGAGCGCGUCACGUUCAAGGCGCUCGCCUGGCUCAUCGAGCGCAUCCGCAACGUAGGCGACCAGUUCAACAACUGGCGGGACGUGUCCCUCGAGGGUAAUCACGCGACCUGCGAACGCUGCGCACCGUUGCAGCCUGCGAUCCGCUGGACGAAGGUCCAGAAGAAGAUCAAGGCCAUCGAGGAUACCGUUCAGGCUGGCCAGUACGAGCGCAGCCUCAAAGGUCGCCCCGCGCCUUUCGUCACGCAGCUGAAGCUUGAGGAGAACGGCGUCGGCAUCGUGCGCAUUGGCGUGAACAUUACGUCGCUGAUGCACCGCGCGAUGUCGCGUCUCCCGACGGCCGGUCGCACGGAGAGCGUCUCUGUCUCGUGGCGGCUCAACACGGACUUCACUCCCGCGGCCAAGAUUCAGCUCCCGAAAUUCAAGCUGUCGAGUAACCGACGGGACCCGGAGCAUGCUCAGCCGCCGAGCUUCAGAAUCCCGCUGCGCCCUGAGCAGCUUCGCUCGCUGACGUGGAUGCUGCAGCAAGAGGACGUCGACGCCCCUCCCUUCAUCGAAGAGGAGAUUUCGGAAGCGAUCCUCGAGCCGCUCGGCUGGCGAGCGGAGGGUCGUGCCCAGCGCCCAGUGCACAUCCGCGGCGGCGUGCUCGCGGACGAGGUCGGGUACGGCAAGACCGCCAUCACGCUCGGGCUCAUCGACUCCGCGUCCAAGGACGUCGACAGGGAGUUCCGCAAAGUCAAGGACAUGAAGGGCAAGAUUCCCGUGAAGGCGACGCUCGUGAUCGUCCCGCCCCACCUUACGCGCCAGUGGGCGUCGGAGGUGAAGAAGUUCACGGGGAAGCGGUUCAAGGUCAUCGUGCUCUCGACGGCGACGAACUUGAACCCGCUUACGAUAGAGCAGGUGCAGGAGGCCGAUAUUGUCGUUGUCGCUUCUAACCUCUUCCACUCAAGUGUGUAUCUUGCAAACCUCGAGGCUUUCGCUGGCGCAGGAAGCUUCCCCGCUGCCGACGGCAGGUACUUCAACGCACGGCUGGACGCCAUCCUGUCUUCCCUCCGUGGUCAGGUCGACCGUCUGAGAGACGAAGGGGCAACUCAAGUAAUGGAUGCUAUCAAAGAAGGACGGAAGCUCGAUGAGGAUGAAUCCAACUUCUUUGUGCCGACCAAGAGGCUGAAGGGCAAGACUUACCGCGAUGCCGCUGAAGCAACAGGUACAGAGACGAAGAAGAAGCCUGCUGCGAAGCCUGAGCUUACCGCGGAGCCUGCGCCUUCCGCUGAUGCUCCCUCGAAGAGCCCACGCACAGGUAUGAUCAUGGAAGUGGUCAUCCCGAUCCCUCCUAAACGCAAGCUCUCCGCAGCAAGCUCGAGCGCAGCGUCCUCACCCAAGUCCUCGAUGGUGGCCUCAAGCCCGGCUGCCUCGUCUACUCCCGAAAUCACUGAAGCGGACGAGGACUCAGACAUGCCGAGACCUCGGAAGCGGCGAGCCACGAAGAAAGUCGCCAUCGUACUGUCUGAGGACGAAGAGCAGGCGGCUUCGGACGACGAUUUCAACCCUGAUGACGAGGAAGACGACAAGCCGAAGCGCGUUGUCAAGAAGACGGCGGGCGGUAAACGCUCCAAAAUCGCCACCACGUCCGCGUCGUCCGCUUACGAGGAGUCCUCUGCGGAGGAAACUGCAUCUGAAGAAGAGGACGCGAUAGAUACCGACGACGACGCUCCCAAGACCAAGUCGAAAUCCAAGUCGAAAUCCAAGUCGAAAUCCAAGGCGAAGCCCAAGUCCAAGCCCAAGCUUAAAGGGAGGGCUGCUAGCAGUAAGAGUACGGCGACGUCCGAAGAGGACGAGAUGGAUGUGGACGAUCCACCCACCACCAAGGGGAAAGGCAAGGCGAAGGCACCAAAGAAGCGUAAGGCCGUUGACGGUGACGACCGGCCUGCGAAGAAACAGAAGCGGAGGGAGGAUUCGGACCCGUGGAAGCUCGGAUCGCAUGUGGUGAAGAAGGAUUGGACGCAGAUGCAGGCGCCCCCGCUGGAGAUGUUCCACUUUGCGAGGAAGGUCGUCGACGAGUACACGUACCUGGAUGGCAAGAUCCAUUCGUUAGUGACGAAGCUGACCGCCGAGCGGCACUGGGUGCUUUCGGGUACUCCUCCCAUUCAUGACUUCGCGGCGCUGAAGACUAUUUCGGCGUUCCUCAACCUGCAUCUCGGUAUCGACGAUGACGGCGAAGGUCAGUCCGUCCAGGUCAAGAAGCGGCGACGCGAGCAAACAGCGGUGGAGAAGUUCCACUCGUUUCGUGAAGUACACACGCUGGAAUGGCACGCUCAUCGUCACGAGGUCGGUCAGACCUUCUUGGAUCGCUUCGUCCGUCAGAACAUCGCUGAGAUCGAUGAGAUCCCUUCGAAGCAAAUCAUCAAGAAGGUUGUUCUUCCAGCUGCGGAACGAGCCAUUUAUCUUGAGCUCGAACACCAUCUUCGUGCGCUCGACAUGACCAUCAAGCGCGGAAAGAAGAGCGAAAGCGAUCGCGAGAAGCGUAUGGCACAAGCCCUCGGGGACAGCAGCACUGCGGAAGAAGCGCUCCUCAAACGCUGCUCUCACUUUGAGCUUGACACCUCGGACAAGGAAAACGCCAUGAAGGCUUGCGAGGUUAUCGUCGACGAGCGGAAGAAGCAGCUGGAGAACUGCAAGACGGACCUCCUGAAGAAGCUCACCGAAGCCGUCAAGAUGGAGAAGCGCAUUGGGAAGACUGGCGAAGAGUCUUUGUUCCAGGAGUACAAUCGAGUGUCGCGCACCGAAGGCGUUGGCGAUGUAGACGCCACCGAGGUCGUCCAGGAACUGCUCGAUCAGGCCAACGUUCCGAAGCCCCUCCAGACGGUCACCAACCGGCAGAACGACAAGAAGGCACAGCUCCCCAAUAGCACUAAGGAGCUCAUUUGGGAGCACCGCGAGCAGACGCACGAGAUUCGCCGGGUGACAAAGGAGUUGGUGGGACGAGUGCGCUCGUUGCGGUACUUCACGGCCGUCCGAGAUUUGCAGAGGCAGUUGGACGUUCCUCCGGUCGUCUCUUGUCCGGGUUGCAAACGAGACAAGGUCCCCAUCAAUGAGGUCGCCGUCUUGUCGUCUUGCGGCCACAUGGGCUGUCUCAAGUGCGUCAUGUCGUCCGCCGAGAGAGAGGAAUGCGUCUAUGCAGCUUCGGGCAGGUGCAAGGCCGCUGCGCGGGCGCUGAACGUCGUGAAGGGUGACACCCUUGGUGUGGACGACGAAGCUCGCGACGGUCGCGGCAAGCAUUACGGCCUCAAGCUAGAGCAGAUUAUUGAGCUGAUCAAGAAGAAGAUACCGAGUGACGAACGUGUGCUCAUCUUCGUGCAGUUCCCGGAUCUCAUGAAGAAGGUCGGGGAAGCGUUGACGGCAAACCAUAUCAGCUUCCUCGAGAUCAAAGGUACAGCGACACAGAAGAGCAAGAACCUCGAGAAGUUCCAAAACGACAGCGAAGAGCGGGUGCUGCUUCUGAACGUCAUGGAUGAGAGCGCUAGUGGUGCCAACUUGACGUCGGCCAACCAUGCGAUUUUCCUGUCGCCGCUGCUCGCGCCCUCGCAGGAGAUUUACGAUGCGUGCGAGACGCAGGCCGUCGGACGUCUGAGGCGUUAUGGCCAGACGCAGCUCGUUCACAUCUGGCGGUUCCUCAGCACGGAGACCAUAGAUGUGGAGAUCUACGAGCAGAGGACAAAGACGAAGGUGUAG